UUUAACCAAUCAGAAAUAAGAAAUUAUGUCACGUGACUGAAAAGCGGCAAUAUCGAACAAAGCAAAACAACAUCCGGUAAAAAAACUGAAUUUUCGACAGUGCAACGACAAUGAAAGCAACAGAUCUAGAAACUUUUCAGUCGACAUAUGAACAGAGAUUUGGUUGCUGUAUAUGUCUUGGACCUAAACUACAUAUGGUGUCAGGGCAGUGUCAACAUCGUAUCUGUGAUGACUGCCUGUAUGUGAACAACCAUCGACGGCCCUGUAUGGAGAAGUGUCCUGUGUGCAAUAUGGAAAAUUCAUUUCCAGUGACAAAACCAAUUAUACCAGUCCAGGUGAUCGAGAUACAGCGUUGUAUUGGUGUACAGGUGUGUCCAAAUGGAUGUCCUGCUCAAAUGUGGUACUGGGAAGUGGAAGAACAUAACAAAGAUUGCCCUAAAGCCUGCAUAUCUCCAGAGAAAAAAGUUUCAACUCCACAUAGAAGACGUAGUCGGGUUGCUGAUAGAGGACAAGUUACAACAAGGUUGGGCACACCAAGACAGAGAAGUAAACGGUCAUCAGCCUUAGCUAAUCGUAAUCAAAGACAGUUACGACCGAGACUUGAUAGCUAAAAUUACGCUUUUACUGAGGAAUAAGCCUCAGUGAUGUCUGUCGCUAGUGUGAUACAGUAUGUUUAGUCUACAGUCUAUCGUAAAGGUCAAUUCUAAUUUUAAUAUCACAUGCCAAUUAAAAUUUUGUGUUAUGAAAUACAUAUCAUUUAAUAUUGCAAGCCAAUUAAUAUAAAUAUGUAUUCACAGACAUGUUAACAUAAUUUUUGGUCAGGCUAAACUUGAUGAAAGUCAAUUUGGUAGCAGUUUUCUGUCUGUAUCCCAGUAAAUGAUUGCCAUAGACUUUUAUAGUGUUCAUUUACUCUAUGUUUUGAAGAUAAGGAUACUAGCUUUACAUAUAGCAAACAAAUUUUUCUAGCUUUUGUUAAUAAGGUAUGUAAAUUAAAGUUUAUACAAUAAAAUGGGAUACUUUUUGUAGAUAUUAACUUGGUACCAUUUGAGCUUGCGUACAAAAUUUAUUCUAUUCUAUACGUAAAAUACUGCAAAAUAGAUAAACUACAAAGUUUUAUGCUAUUUGGCAGGAGUAUGUGUAUCAUAAUCCAGUGAAAAUAAGGGUAGAAUGUCGUGGUGAACUUGUUAGUUGUCCUACUCCUCCACCCCGCCCCAAAAAGCCAUCAGAAAACUCCAGAUUAUAGAUGAUAAUUACUGAAUGGCUGAUUUGAUUGAUACAUUGUACAAAGCUUUAAUACCAUGAAGAACAAGUUGCAUUGCUGAAUACUGUAACUGUUUCACGACUUAAUUUUUGUAAGUAUAUUCUGAGUCAAGGAUUUUUGUGGUUUUUACAAAUUUCAUUUAGAAUUUUGCUGUCAGUAAAACUGUAGGUAUUUUUUUUCAUAGAAUUUGUUUCAUUACUAUGAAGCAUAAUUUAAACAAGUUUUAUAAAAUAUAUGCAGUGCUUUUGUUCUAGUUUUCUUUGACACUUUUUUUACUUUAAAUAAUUUAUAUACUGUAGAUAUAUGCAGAAUUUUGUUAAGAUUUUUUACCUUCUGGUAUUGUAAAAAGUUCAAUUUUGCACAUUUCUAAAAAGUGCUGUUUAUGUACAUGUAAGGUUAAAGGUUAUGCUAUUGUAACUGUAUUAAUUGAUAUCACGUGUUGUAAUUACUUGUUACUUGGUCAUGUAUAUAUUCCUGUCACAUUUUCCUAUCUGUUCUGUUGUUUGCAAUAUCCGGUAUUAUUAAUGUUGAACUUAAGGCAUUUGUAAAAAUUUUGGUGAAAUUACUGAAAUGUUAGGUCUUCAUAGCUAUAUUCUUAGACUUUUAAUUUGCCUAUCAGGUUUUUUCAAAAUCAUCUUUACUGUACAAAAUUAUAUACCAAAACUUUAUGUUUCCUGUUUCCACUAAAACAGUUGUCAUACUUGUUCAAAAAUGCUCUUAGUAUUCAUCUUCGAAAAACUUUCUGUUGUUUUUAAUAUGAUUUAUUUCUAGCUGGGUUUUUUUCUGCUGCAGGAGAAUAAACCUAUCCCACAACCCACCAUUUAUUUCUAGCUUCAAAAAUUUACUAAACUUUGCCAUGACUUUGUUUUACAUAUCUUUUUUAUAUGGUCAAUUUUCUUAGAAACUACCAAAGUUAUUCACUUCAAACUGGGUAUAAAUGAUCACCAUCUUGUGACGCCAUAUCAAAAGAGCAGAUAAUCUUAAAAUUGUUUUUUGCAAAGUAUUAAUGUCUUUUUCAACUAAGGUUUUUGCCCUGACCCACCUCAUUCUUAAUGUCUGUCAAAGAAACAAUCAAAGCCAUUCACUUUAAACUUUGUAUACUUGUUCUUUUUUAAAAUAUGACACCAUUCCAUAGGGCAGAUAAUAAAUAAAGGAUAUAUUUUGCAUAGUUGUGUCCCCUUUUUUACUUAAAAUUGUUUGCCUUGGUUAAUUUCUCAAAAAGUAACAAUGGGACACACUUAAAAUACUUAUCCUGAUUCCAAAAAGUAUAAUGCAUUUCAGAAAGGCAGGUAAUCAUAUAAUUCAUUUUUGCUCAGUUCACCUCACCAUAGGAUUUCUUUUUGUUUAAAGUUCACCUCAUGAAAACUAAUAGAUAAUCACUUUAAAUUAAUUUUGGAAUUCACCAAAACUUGAAUGCUUUAGUAAAGGGCAAAUUACCUUUGAAGAAAUUUCAUUUCUCACUUCAGGUUAUAGGAAAUACUUGUUCACUAUCAAGGGCUGGUAAGUUGGCCAAGCUUACAAAAUUAUGUCCCCAUUUUCUACAAUACUGUAAAUAGAGUGUUUUAACAAGUUUUUUUAUUUAGAAAAAUGAUGUAAAAUUUCUUGAUACAAAAAAGUAAGGGCAUUAACAUACAAUUAACUUGUUUUAAAACGCAAAAAGAGUAAACACCAGGUUUAACUGGAUAUAUACUGAUAUUCAAUUUGAUUGUACCCACUGACUGUAUAUUCAACUAAAUGUGUACAUUGUAUAUGUAAUUUGUCAAAGCUGGAACGGCCUGUAAGUGGAAACUAGUAAUAUAAUCAGAUAACCUUGUUUAUUGCACUUAAAUACACUUGUUAAGUCAGGUGUCAUCUUUUAUAUUUAUAAUUUCUUUGUGUAUCUAUUAAUUAAUUUUUUUUUACCAGUUUAUCUUUCAUUGUAGAAAUAUUAGAAAGUUGAAAUUGGUUUUGUUAAUUCAUAGCACUUAUUUUGAGAAAAGGUUUGAAGUAUAUUUGAAAUUCGUGAAUAUUUAUUUCUUUGUAGUAUAUUUCCUUGUUGAAUAAAAAAUAUGAAUAAAAAUAAAAA